CUGUUCGUCUAACUGGGAAUUCUCUAUUUUAAAAGGGUGUCUACGAUUUAUAUGGAUGUAAGAGUCUUUGCGAGGGUCGCGUAGUGCUCUAAACGGAUAUGUGUAGAAGUAGCAGUAAAAACGUAUAAGAAUAGCAAAAUAAAAAUGCAAAUACAAUAGAAAAAAUCCCGAAAAAAAAAAAUCAGAGGGAGGGCAUCAAUAGGAAAAAAAAAAAGAAUCCUUUACCAACGCAAGACCUUGUGAUAAACUUUAGUAAGCAACUGCUAGUCUCUAGAUCGGUUUUGCAUCCAAGAUUAAGAAGACAUAGGGUAGGUGUUACUUGAGUACCUUUUAGACUAUACUGUUCCGUUUAUAUACGUCAAGCUACAAGCAUUUUGCUGAUUCUAUCAAGUAUACUCAAUUUUUUUUUUUUUUUGUUUUCAUAAAGCACUUCGACGAUUGAUUUGAACUGAUCGACCGGAUCCAAAGGCUUGAAUAAUACUUGGGAUGAGCACUUCAGUUCCAGAUACUAUAAACCCUCUUAUCGAUAGAAUUCUCGCCAAUCCCCUAACAUUUGUCCCUGCCAAAAAAACCGACCGAGAAACCGAAACUUCAAGGCCUUCAAGUUAUAUAGUUUUAGGAAAGACAUCUAAGAGCACGAGAAAGGCCGACUCCAAACCGAAUUCAGACAUUGGCCCCGAUUCCGAAUCGAAGCAAGUAUCCCAAGAAUCACAGGACUCAAUGAGAAGACCUAAAUCAAUGGCCGAAGCCGUGGCUGCGUACACCGGUAAGAAAUAUUUAACAAAGGCUGAAAAGAAAAAAUUGAAGAAAGAUAAAAAGUUAAACAAACAACAAUCCACCGAUGUUCGCUUGCUUGAUUCAGACGAAGAUUUGGGUGAAGAUCUAAAUGACGAUAACUCCGAAUUGAUCCAUGGUGCAAAGCAUUCUCAUCUUAUUGAGCCCAAUACUCCAACUGGGGGAGUUUCUCCAUCUGCAUCGGAAUCGGAAUCACAGUACGAGUCUGCAUCUGAGUAUCCUAGUGGUGAUAACCAAACUCUUCUUUCUGCAUCAUCCAAUAACGCAUCUACUGACUCACUCCCAUUUGCUGAUUUUAAAAGCGAAUCCAGCGUUAGUAUAAGCUCAUCUAAUGAAAAUAAUGAUCGAGAUGACGAUGACUCUGAUUUUGGUAGCGCAGAUGAGAAGGACGAGUCAGAGGGAUCAGAAUCAGAUUCAGAAUCCAAUGCUGAUUCUCCUUCGGCAGAAGACGAUGAUCUCGAAAAACUCAAAGAGGAUCUUAUCAAGGAUGCGUUUGAUGCUAAUGAUCAAGACGAUGCUGAUGACGAUGAGGAAGAUGCUGAAGAGAAAGAUGAGGAAGAAGUGUCUAAGCAAUCUUCGCCGGCUAAACCAUCGUCUACUAAUGCCACACCACCAACUUCUCCAGAAGAUGCCAAUGAACCAACCAAUGCUGAGAACCAGAACAAACAAGUUGCUGAAGAAGUUAAACCAACAAAGUCUCAAGAAUCUGUUUAUGAAAAACAACCAUCACCACCAUUAGAAGAAUUUUAUCGAAUUAAUGAAAACCCCCAAGAUCGUGGUCUGAAUAAUUCUAAUCGUAUUUUGAAAAAUUGGAAUAAACCUUUACUUAACAAGAAACCAGUUGGUUUAUUAAAUCAUGGAGUCACUUGUUAUAUGAAUUCAGCAAUCCAAGCCAUCUUACAUGUACCUGCUGUACAACAUUAUCUUAAUGAUGUUAGUCGAGGUAAAUACGAUAAAGUAUUAAAACCUAGAUCAGUUACACAUGUAUUAUCUGAAUUAUCUCAACGUAUGUGGGGGGUUGAAUCUAAUAAUAAAGAUCAUCAAGUGAAAAAAAUCAAACAUCCAAAAUAUAUCAAUCCUAAAAAAAUCAUUCAAAGAUUGGAAGAUAUUAAUUGUAUGAUGAGUGAAUGGAACCAAGAAGAUUCUCAUGAAUAUUUCAUGUCAUUAAUGUCAAGAUUACAAGAAGAUUCCACUCCCAAGGGAGUAAAAUUAAAUCAAUCCAUUAUUUAUGAUAUUUUCGGGGGUCUUUUAAAUCAAUCAGUUACAUGUCAAAAUUGUAAUCAUGAAAGUAUUACUAAACAAGAAUUUUAUGAUUUAUCAUUAGGAUUAAAUAAAAAGAAAAAAUCAAAUCCAACAAAUAAUGAACAAGCUGAUGGUAAAUCCUCUAAACAACAAGAAACUGAAUUAUCAAUUAAUAAUAGAUAUUCAAUUGAAAAAUCAAUUAAAGAAUUUUUUUCAACUGAAAUGAUAAAACUUGAUCGUAAAGAUAAGAGUUCAGGAUACUUUUGUGAAAAAUGUUCAAAUAGAAGUGUUGCCACUAAAAAAUCCACUAUUGAUAGAUCACCAGAAACCCUUAUAAUACAUUUGAAAAGAUUUAAAUUUAAUGGGAAUUCAUCUUCAAAAGUUAAGCAAUCAGUCUCAUAUCCAAAAUAUUUGGAUUUAACUGAUUUCACCACUAACAAAGCAGAACCAUCACGUUAUCAAUUAUUAUCAGUGAUUGUUCAUGAAGGAAGAUCAAUUAGUAGUGGACAUUACGUUGCUCAUUGUUUACAACCAGAUGGUAAUUGGGAUAGAUAUGAUGAUGAAUAUAUUAAUAGACUUAAUGAAAGACAAGCAUUAAGUGAUCCAUCUGCAUAUUUUUUACUUUACACCAAAUUAACACCAAAGACAACUCAAAAGAGAAAUGGUGAUACUCAAGGUCCACCUAAAACCAAAAAGAGAAAAUUGUAAUAGAUAUGUAAUAAUUUCAGGUGUAUAUUAAUAAAUGAUAAUAAAAAUAGACUAAACAGAGUAGUAGAGAAUUAUAUAUAUAAAAAGACCAAAAAAGAUGAGAUAGCCAUGAACCAAUAGAGAGUAACCAAGU